CUCGCCACGUCCUCUCACGAGACUUUCAGAAUCAAGCAAUUGCUCGACAAGAAACAAAAGCAAAACCAUCCCAUUCCCCAGUGGAUUUGGGUGAAAACUGAUAACGAAAUCAGAUACAACUCCAAGAGAAGACGCUGGAGGAGAACCAACAUGGGUCUGCAAGGACCUGUGCACCCCAUGAUUGAUUCUACCAAACAGGGCCAAUAA